AUGAAUCGUUCAUUAUUAUCGUUGACACGUUGUUCGUUUUCGUUAAAUAUUAUCCCUUAUCGUACUAAAACGUAUACAUGGCUUCAAUAUAAAGAAAAUAAGAAUUUUAUUCCACAACUCAAUGCCAAUGAUAUAGGUGAACAUCAAGGUUCACCACAUGUUCAAGAACGUUUUUUCCGCCUUGGCUGGGGUGGCUAUAUUCAUCCACAAAAACACAGACGUCUAUUUACAUUUAAAAAAACCGACGAACAAAAUCAACGCGAAGAUAUGCACGUCAUGGCAGCUAAUCGUCGAAGUAAAAUACUUGAUAAAAUGUGUGAUUAUAAAUAUAACAAACGUCUUUAUCUUGUUGAUCCAAAAUGGAAAAUCUAUGAUCCGUAUCAUCGUCGUUGGAAUAUGAAUCAUAUCCCCGACGAAGAACGUGAUCAAAGACAAUAUCCUUAG